GUAUAUUUUAUCGAGGCAAGUCGUUCUUGUUUGUCGGUUGUCUGUGCGGAAAAUCAAUGCCUAACAUUUUUUUUUUACUUUCUUCAAAGAAAAUUUAUUUGUUUUCUUGCUUAAAACGUUAAAUUGGACUUUAUUCGCGAUGAAACACAUUUAUUUGUGUGACGAUGGAGUGAGCGCUCUACUUUAAGACUGUAAAAAAGUAAAUGUGAAAUUGUGAUUAAGCAAACAGAAUAGGAUGCAUAUUAUGAAAGCUAAAGAAAAAAAAUUCAACCUCAUUAAUUUGAGCUGUGUAUGUGCACGAGAGUCGAGAUAUCUACUGAGCUUUCAUUCUGAUGUGUAAAAAACGAAAAAAGAUUUACUGAAAACAUCACAUAUAUUACACCACUAUGAACAUUACGUGAAUAUUUUUGUGUAAAAAUUAAAAAAAAAAAUAUUGUGAACAAAAAAUGGAUACGAUGGCAAAUGAAGCAUCAAAAACGAGCGAAACACCAAGCAAUAAUAAAAUAACGUUGCCGAGUACCGUGCUUGAAAAACUCUACCAACGAUAUUCAAUCAAACAGCGUCGGGCUGGAUUGGAAUGUUUUUUAGCAGCAUCCAUUUUGUUCGAUUUGUGGGCAAUAUUCAUUCCACAAGGACAUAGUCGGGAGAGUUUAGAAGUCACUGGCAUAUUUCUUCUGCUAAACGUCCUGCUUAUAAUAAUUUUAAAGAUAUUCAAAAGGAGCAAACAUAGAGGAUUUUUGUACGACGUUACACCACUGUUCGCAUGGAUCAUUGCAAUUCUACAGUUGCUUUUACAAUUAUUAAUGAAGAGCACAGUAACACCAAGAGACUCUUUAGGUUGGGCAAUACUACUCAAUUUCCUAGUCCACGUAAGUCUACCAAUUCCGUUGAAAUAUACCGGAAUUUUGUUUGGCAUCGGUUCCUAUACGCUACAUUUAAGCAUAACGAUGGUGUUGCCAAAAAAGGAAGAUUUUUUCGUUCAACAGCAACUUGUUAACGCUUUACUGAUGAUAACAGCUGCGUCAAUUGGCUUGCUGUGCUACUUUAUGGGGGAGUCAAAACAUAGGCGAGCCUUUUUAGAGGCAAAACAAAGCCUUGAAGUUAAAAUGGUAAUCGAAGAGCAGUCAGCUGAACAGGAAAGACUGCUACUAUCUGUUCUACCCGAACAUGUUGCUGUCAAAAUGAGACAAGAUUUGGGUUCAGAUGAUUCGGAGCAAUUCAAAAAGAUAUACAUGAGCCGCCAUGAAAAUGUCAGCAUCUUAUACGCCGACAUUGUUGGAUUUACUGCGAUUUCAUCAACAUAUUCUGCACAGGAUCUGGUUAAAAUGCUCAACGAACUGUUUGCUCGAUUUGAUCGACUGGCAGAGAAAUAUAAUCAACUUCGUAUUAAAAUAUUAGGAGAUUGCUAUUACUGUAUCAGCGGUGCUCCGGUUGAGAGGCCAGACCACGCAGUGUUAUGCGUCCAUAUGGGUUUAUCAAUGGUCAAAGCAAUAAAGUAUGUGCAAAAGAAAGCAAACUCUCCGGUAGAUAUGAGAGUAGGUAUUCAUACUGGCGCUGUUUUGGCUGGUAUAUUGGGACAACGACAGUGGCAAUUUGAUGUGUAUUCCAAGGACGUAGAAUUAGCUAAUAAAAUGGAAUCGAGUGGAAUGGCUGGGCGAGUGCACAUUUCCGAAAAAACUUUAAGUUUUCUGUCUGGAGAGUUUGAGGUUGAACCCGCUCUGGGCGAAAAACGCGAGGAAGCACUACGCAUCGCCGGACUGAAAACAUAUUUCAUUAAAAAAGUGCUGAAACCGUUCGUCUCCACGAACCCUGAACAUACAAAUGGAUCGGCAAAAAUUGACACGGAUGGAUCGAUAGAAUCUGAUUGCGCAUCCAUAUCGUCCAAAGAUGGGGAUGAAAAGGUUCAUAUGACGGGUGAUUAUGAUACAGCUGAAUCACUGCCCGACAAAGAUGAUGAUUUCAAGCAAAGGUUGAAAAAAGAGCUGUUGAGCAGAGACCAUCAUGGAGAGCUAUCGAAAGAUACAACGAUAUUUUUAACAUUCAAAAGCAAAGAAUUGGAGAGGUCUUACUCUGCCCAUAAGGAACCAUUAUCAACCAUCCCUUUGGUUGCGUCACCAUUAGUAUUGCUGGUUGGAACAAUAUAUUCGUCAUUGAUUUUACCAAGUUCAUGGCUGCACUUUUGUAUCUCCUUAUCGCCCAUAUUUUUGGUAUUGCUUUUCGUAACUGCCACAGUUGGCGAAACAUUGAAAGAGAUUCUUCCGAACAACAUUUACAUGGCCAGUAAGAAGUUUAACAAUGUUGUAUGUCUUCGUCGUUUUGCUGCUAUUGUCAUCAUUUUUUCUGUCGCUUUUUCAAACAUUUUAGACAUGUGCACAUGCUCAUUAGGAACAAUACCUCAUGCAGGAGGAAAUUAUACCUCCAACAUCACCGCAGAAGCGGAAACAUUUCCGGCUACCGUUUGUCUUAUGUUCCCAUCAUAUUUCAGUAACUAUGCUGUACUUAUUUUGAUUGCAACGUCACUCGUCGCUCAAUUAUCGCACAUAUGUAAAAUAUGCAUAAUGAUCAUAAUAACAGUGUUGCAUUGUGGCGUUAAUAUUUUCCUUUUGGAUGAACAUUUUUGUGUCGAGGAAUAUCACACAGGGAAUGCUAGUCUGCCGCCAAUUUAUUUUAGUUUAUCAGCGCUGUUGAUUGCUGUUACCAUUGCAUUGGGAUUUUUAACUAGACAUAUGGACAAAGAAGAUCGAGUAAUAUUUAAAUGGCGAAAUGAGGUGAACGAACAACGUGAAAAGGCUAGCGAUAUGAGAAGACGAAACGAGGCUCUGGUGUACAACAUAUUACCCGUACAUGUGGCUGAACAUUUUAUGCGAAACAAACAACGGUCCUACGAUCAAUUAUACUCUCAAAGUUACGAUGAAGUGGGUGUUUUAUUUGCUAGCAUGCCGAACUUUUCAGAUUUUUACUCUGAAGACACAGUGAACAAUCAAGGAUUGGAAUGUUUACGAUUUUUAAAUGAAGUUAUCUCCGAUUUUGAUGCGCUGCUGGAACUUCCAAAAUAUCAGGAUGUUAAUAAAAUCAAAACGAUCGGCUCAACUUAUAUGGCUGCAAGUGGAUUGAAUCCACAUAGACGAGUGAAACCGGAGGAUCCAAUAGUAAUUCGUUGGGAACAUUUAUCAAUUCUCGUCGAAUUUGCUCUGGAUCUGAAAAAAGCGCUGCAAUGCAUCAACGAACAAAGCUUUAAUCACUUCGUGUUGAAAAUGGGAAUAAAUCAUGGUCCAAUAACAGCGGGAGUCAUCGGUGCUAGGAAACCACAUUACGACAUUUGGGGCAACACAGUCAAUGUUGCAUCGAGGAUGGAGAGUACAGGAAAGGCUGGUGCAAUUCAGGUCACUGAAGAGACAUGUGAAAUUUUGCAAACGUUCGGCUACACAUUCGAACAACGUGGACUUGUGGCUGUUAAGGGAAAAGGUCAAUUGAUGACCUAUUACCUUCAAGGUAAAACAGUUCGACAAAAUUCAAUCCAUUCAUCGCCAAUCCUAGCGUCCAUAAAUCCAAUGGAAACGUUGCCCGAAAUGGACGAAUCCAAGGAAUCAACACCACCGAACGAACAAUCAGGAUCAUUGCUUCCGUCAAUAUCAUCGAGCUCAAAUAGUCCCAACAGUGUCAAAGUUAACCAAACUUAUUUAAAGUCGCAACUAAACCAAACAGCACAAAACGAAACACUUGCAAUCGAAUUAAAUGCGACCAUGAACAACACCAAAGUAGCAAAUAAUGUAGAUAAUUUAUCGUUAGAAUGCAAUGACAAUAUUAAUUUAGUUAAUUGUAGUAGUGAUGGUAGUAACAGUGCACUGUUAGACGUUGAUACUGAAGUGUCGACCCCGUUGCUGGAUGCCAAAAAUAGCACAAAUUCAAAUGCAAUCAAUAGCGGCUACAGUGAUAGUGAAAAAGAGGCACUAAUUUUCAAUUCAAAUAGUUCAGCAUAGAUUCGCUCGAUAGGAUCCAGUCAAACAGUUGUUUUCAUUGAUUUUUAGCUAUCCUAUCCAAAGAAUAUUGAAAGCCUACGGUUUUUUUUAUCUAAAAGGUUUUACUAUUUUUUUAAGAGAAAGAGAUAUUUUUAGGCCUAUGUUUCCGUAAAACGAAUCGUUGGCUACUGUUUCAAUAGAAAGGUUCUCUUCAAAGAACAAGAGCAAAACUUAAUUUUGAUAAACGUGAUGAAUACAUCCCCAAAUAAUUAUAAUUAACAAACAGAGCUAUAUGAUAGAGAUGUAGACCUAACUGUAGCCCCAAAUUAGGCGAUAAGUAUUUAGACACACAAAUUGAAUUGAACGUGUAUUUAAUUAACAUACCAUAUGCGAUCAGGAAUUUCCGAAAUGAAAAGCUCCAUAAAAUCAGAUCAUUUUAUU